GGGGCUGUGGGGGGAGGAUCUCGUGCUGAAGCAGUUGAGGUCGUGACCGCUGACGUCACGGAUAGAGGCUCUCUGCCAUGUGAGCGCCGGCCCCGCGCCUGCGCAGUGUCUGCCUGUCACUGAGGCCAACGUUUGAUUGAGAGAGAGUUGGUUGGAUGGCUGCUGAGACAGAGGAAGAAGAAAACCUUCAGAAACAAAUUGAUGAGAUCGAAGCGCUGUCGUCUAUCUUUGAGGAUGAAUGGUGUGUUAUUGACGAAGCCUCGAGAAUAUUUUGUAUUAGGAUUGCGGAUAAAACUGAAAACCCGAAAUGGACUCUUUGCUUACAGGUGAUGCUUCCUCCGGAAUAUCCCACUGCAGCUCCACCUGUUUAUCAGUUAAAUGCUGCUUGGCUUCGAGGACAGGAACGCACAGAGCUUUCCAACAGCCUGGAGGAAAUCUAUCUACAAAAUUUGGGAGAAAGUAUUCUGUUCCUUUGGGUGGAGAAGAUUAAGGAUGUUCUGGUGGUGAAAUCACAAACAUCUGACCCAGUUCCAGAAAUGAAAAAGACAACAGAAGAGUUGGAAGUGGAUUAUGAGGACGAAUAUGUCAUUGCAUCUCUUGCUCAGCAAAAUGCAACCAAAAUUGCUUUACCUGAAAGCUCAGACGGUGAACAACUUCCAUCUAUUGUCCAUGGAGAACCAAUAACUGAUCGCAGAAGUACCUUCCAGGCCCAUCUGGCUCCUGUAGUGACGACUGGACAGGUGAAAAUGGUUCUUUGUAAAUUGUACCAGAACAAGAAGAUUGCGAGCGCCACUCACAACAUCUACUCUUACAGGAUAUACUGUGAAGACAAGCAGACCUUCCUGCAGGACUGUGAAGAUGAUGGUGAGACAGCAGCUGGCGGGCGCCUUCUCCACCUCAUGCAGAUCUUGGAUGUGCGGAAUGUGAUGGUGGUGGUUUCGCGAUGGUAUGGAGGUAUCCUGCUUGGUCCUGAUCGCUUCAAACACAUCAAUAACUCUGCAAGAAACAUUCUUGUGAAUGAAGGCUACAGCGAAACAGUGGAUGGGACAUCGAAGACAGCGAUGAAGAGCAAAAAGCAAAAGGGCAAGAAAGAAAAAUAAGUGGAUUCUGUUUUAUUUUUCGCAAA